CGCCGUGGAGUUCAUUGGCACAAGUUCAUAAGUAAAGUUAAUAUUAUUAAAAUGUUUUGUUUGUUUUUAAAGGCUGUUUUGUCGGAAUAAAUAGUGUUUAAGUUAAUUUUAAACUUGCGCGUUGUUUACGCAUAUUUUAAAUACACUAUCGGGACUAAAUAAAGAAGCAGCAUGGCGACGGUAGAUUUCACGAAAGUGACCAUCAAGGAGAAACCGUUCUACAAACCCGAUUUGAAUGAAGUCGUCGAAGUGCUGUCUCGUGGACUGAAGAAUAACUUCGAGACGGUGAGCGUUUCCGCAGUGGACUGUCCUGAUCUCACAAAAGCACCAUUCAACCUGACAUCACCAGGGCUGAGCGGUGAUGAGAAGCUGAUCGAGCUGGGCGGCCCCCCGUACCUGGUGCCGGUGGUGCAGCGCGACAAGCUGUACGACCUGGUGCAGCUCGCGCGCCACCUGCGCCGCGACCCCGCCCUCCUCAUCGGCGCCGGCGCCGGACCCUGGCCGCACGUCGGGGUCAACUGUGAGGGCAUAAUAAAUUUCACUGUCCGCAAUGGCUCGGUGGCGCAGGGCACGCGCGUGGUGACGGUGGAGCCGGUGGGCGCGGCCAAGGGCCGCAGCGGGUACCUGCAGCGCACGCUGCCCGCCUCCGAGACGCGGGUCGCGCUCAUGGGCAACUACCUGCUCAGCGACGGCAGCCCCGGCAGGGUUAUCAGGGUGGUAGCUAAGAAGAGAACAGGCGAGGCCAACUUUAUUACAUCUAUCAGGGAGACGCUCCAGAAACAUUAUGGGGACAAGGUGGUCGGUCUGGGCGGCGCGUUCGCAGUGCACGAGGGCCGCGUGAAGCACCACGUGAUGCCGGGCUUCUCGAGCACGCCGCUGUGCAGCGACCAGGACGUGGACACCUGGCUGCACUACUUCGACAUGCGCGCGCCCAUCGUGCACCUCGGGACCCUCGUCACCGGCGACCUCGACUUGGACCUGCGCGUGCAGCACUUCCACGGGUACAGCGCGCACGGUGACGGCGGCCACUACCACGGCGACACGACGCCCGACGUGGUGCACUACGAGGGCUACUUCGCGCUCGCCUCCACCGUGCUCAGGAUCGACCCGCCAGCCAACACGCACACGCUCGCACGGGACUAGACACACGCCACGCACGUCACACACCCCACGCACGCACGCUACACGUGUGCAUGGAUAAAUUUGUUCUAAUACAUGAUUAAUUUUUUUUUUUGUAUAUUUUAAGGAACAUUUCCUCGUUAUAUUUUUUAUAAUUACACAAUGUAAAUAUUUAA